UUUUAAAAAGUACAUUAAAGUGUUAAGUGAAUGAUAUAAAAGAUUAAUUGAAAGUUUGGAUGAGUUGUUGAGUAAUCAACAGUGAAAGCAAUCGACAAGUUUUGACCGAAAGUCGAGACGAGACCUAAUUAUGGUCAUUGUUUGGAGUCACUGAUGGAGAGCCCCAACGCUCCGUUAGCUCAAGACUUCUUCACUCCCGCGUGGCUUAAAUUACCGGAACCACAGCUCCCUAAGCGAAGUACACAAUCUUCUCAAUUAAAUCCAUUGUCAUCAGGAGUUGAUUUACAUAACAAACGAUACGCCAAUUUUGGUCGAAAAGAGUUAACAAAUAGCACAAACAGUCUGACAAAUAGCGACCGAUUUUCCAAUCAAUCACAAGAUUCAUCACAAACUUAUUUAAGACAUCACUCAUUUGGAAGCGAACAACAAUACAAUGGAUCCAAUGGUUCUCAUAAUGUGAAAGGUUUUCGCGAAAAGAAAUACACAGAUUCUGGCCAACGGUCUCAUCGACACAAUUAUCGCGAAAAGCCUAACAAUGUCUAUCAUUCCAGUAAUAAACACAACAGAAAUGCCGACACAUUUAAGAACUUUAAUUCUCCGACCAGAAAGUCAUUUACUAAUAAACUAAAUGACAACUAUUUGGACAAUGAAUUCGAGGACAAGAGAGUAACCAAAGAACAGAAUUCAAACAACGUUUUUAAUCGGGAAUUUCCAUCGCUUGUCAACAAUGAAGUAAAAUGCGACCAAAAGGAUGAACCACUCAAUGAUAACUCCAGUUUCCACAGCGCGUGGACUAACAGUGCCACCAAAUCUAAAGUAUUGAGUACAUCGAAGAAUUUUCAACUCAUUCAUAGUUCUGUUGCCAACUUUGAUAACAUCCAUAACAAUACCAAAUCGGAUGCCAUCUCAUCGGCCAACGCUUCAAAGCCAUUAAUUUCAUCGGGUGUUUAUCGCAACAUAUCUUUAAUUGGAAAAUCAAAGGCAGGAAUCUUGAAGGAGAACACCAUUUUUCCAAGAAUUCAACCGAUGAUCACUAAAAGUACUGUUCAGACAACGACACCAACAAUGGAAAUAUUAAUGAAGAAUCCGAAGAAACGCUCGAAUAAAAAUGAUUUUUUCAAUUCAAUUCAAAAUGAUAACAAAGACAAGGAGAUAGACAAUGAAGUCGAAGAAAAACUUGAAAAUCUUAAGAUAUCUUCUGACGACUUCAAUAACAUCAGAGAGUCGGAAGCCGUGAGAAACUCGGAUCAUAACCAAACUAAUGGUGAAAAUGAUUUGAAAAAUAUGAAAAACAGUGAAUAUCAUUGUCCACCACUCGAUGAUUAUGAAGAACAAGAUAUGGGAGUUUUGUCGAGUUCUUUAGAAGCCGAACAUCGGUUGCUUAUGGAGUUGGGCUGGAAGGACGGUCACGACGACGAUCCAUCAUAUGCACCAUUGACUGAGGAUGAGGUCAUGGAGUUUAAAGCUUCCAUUAAUGCGAGGAACGGUAUGAAUGGAUACAAGAGGAACUUUAUCAACAAUCAAACCAUUCAAUUGAAUUUAAGUCCUAAGAAAUGGUCGACGAAUGAAGAAUUGGAUGAAGAGUCGACCAGCAGUUCAGAUGACGAGUGAAUGAGGCUUUUAAUUAUUAUUUGCAAUAGUUUUCAAAAAUUUAAAGUCAUUGGAUACUAAAAUCUGUACAAUUAAUACUAUGGUAAUUGAUAUACAAAUAGUUUAAAUUAUUGAUUUUAUUGUAUAUACAUCUUUCAAUUCAAUAAUUUUUGUCAUAUAUUCACUUCAAAAAUAUAUAUAUAUU